AUGUCUCCCGCCACACUCCGUCACACAAAAUUCAAUUGCGGCCAAACACCACUUCUCCCACCUGCCGCAGACACAGGGGGUGUGGCGUUAACGGAGCUUGUUAAACCCAAUGUGCGUGGCAUUUUCACGGAAGCACUGGCGGCACACGUUGAGCUCGUACUUGCGGAUAAUUGCCUUCUGGUUAGAGCAAAUCACGCAAUGGCGAGAGCCCUUGCCCAUGCCGAUCUUCUGACGGGAACGCCAUUGUUCGAGGUGGCCCAUUCUUGCAGGUUGCGCUUUCUGGUGGUCUGUGAAAGUGUUUGA